AGUCCUCUGGGGUUCAGAGGAAGGAAAAGUCUCAGAUGUCCUGCCUGGAAAGCUGUCCGCAUCUAAGUACUGCCAGAGCCCCAGCUCUGUGGGUCUGCAGGGCUGUGCACCAGAAGAGCGAAAAGCUGCCAUGGAGUCACUGGUCUGCUUUGAUGGGUAGCUGCUGUUUGCUGGGAAACUGCUGUUUUCAGUGUUUACCAAGCACAUUUAUCGACAAGCCUCCUCAGGAAAUUGCCCAAAAUAGCCACCUGUGGCAAGCCUUAUUAACAGGCCAAAAGCCUCAGUCAACAUGGCCGCCACUGACUUCCAUUGCCCUUCACUGCCCGCAGUAAGGAUGGCUCCGGUGACUUCCUUCGAACCUCACAUUUCCCAUAACAAAGAUGGCGCCAUUGCUUCCGCGUUCCGGUUGCGGAUGGUGAGUGUAUUCGGGGGUUUGGCGGCUUUUCUCGUCAGUUUUCUGGAGUGCUUUGGAGAGAGGACUAUGGCAGCCAGGGACGCCACUUCAGGCAGCCUGUCAGAGGAGAGCAGUGCUUUAGACCUGCCAUCAGCGUGUGACAUAAGAGAUUACGUCCUGCAGAGACCCAGCCAAGAAGCCAACAGCGAGGCUUUCAGUUCUUUGGAAUUCCAUUCUUUUCCUUAUUCUUCUGAUGUGGAUCCAGACACCAGUAACUUAAAUAUAGAACAAAAUAACUCCUGGACCUCUGAGAACUUCUGGCUUGACCCUGCUGUGAAAGGCCAGUCAGAGAAGGAAGAGGACGAUGGCCUUCGGAAAUCCCUGGAUAGAUUCUAUGAAAUGUUUGGCCAUCCACAGCCAGGCUCUGCAAACGCACUCUCUGCAUCUGUCUGCAAGAGCCUGUCUCAGAAAAUCACUCAACUAAGAGGCCAGGAGAGCCAAAAGUAUGCCCUCCGCAGUUUUCAAAUGGCCCGGGUCAUCUUCAACCGGGACGGCUGCUCAGUCUUACAGAGGCAUUCCAGGAACACCCACUUCUACCCACUGGAGGAAGGAAGUAUAUCUUUGGAUGAUGAAAAGCCAAACGCAGGACUGUCAAAAGAUAUUAUUCAUUUCCUCUUGCAGGAGAAUGUAAUGAAAGACCCGUAACUGGUGCCGGGCAGUGUGCAGGGUAGUAAUGGAGGUGCUGCGCCAUGGCCAGCACUGUUGGUGGCCACCCAGAUCCCCUAGGGUCUCUGGCCAGCUCUGUGUGCCCAAUCCCAAUUAAGUGCUUUGAGGUUAAAGGCUGGCACCUGUGACCUGGUAUUGGAGCCAGUCAGCCCAUAUGGAGAGCCAGCAGGGUCUGGGAGUUCUCCGUCCUCUUGGCCAAGGCCACUGACUGACUGGGCUACGAGUCAAAAGCCCAGCUCCCUUGCCUCAAGGAAGGACAUUCUCUGAGGAGUAAUUUAUGCUCUAGCGCUCCCUUUCCUUGAGAUCAGCCUGAGGCUGGGACAUUACAUGAAAUCACACCCUUGCUGGGCUUAAUCCCUUUCCCUAUCCUCCUCCCAUUUAUUUACUGGUAUCUCUGGGAGCCUUUCCUUAAUAAACCUCUUAUAUCUGAA